AUGGGAAAUUGUCAAAGUCAAGAAUCUGCAGAAGGUGCAGCUCGAAAUAAAGAAAUUGAGAAACAGAUUAAUCAGGAUAAGAGAACUGCCAGCAGCAUCGUCAAACUUCUAUUAUUAGGUGCUGGAGAAUGCGGCAAAUCAACAGUUUUGAAACAAAUGCAAAUUCUUCACAGCAACGGUUUCACGGAAGAGGAAACAAAUGAGAAACGGGCAAUCGUCUAUUCAAAUACCGUUACUUCCAUGUGUACAAUUUUAAAAGCUAUGGACAACAUCUUGCAUAUUCCAUUAGAAAAUUCAGAAAAAGAGAGAGAAAAAAAGAUAGUUUUGCGAGUUCAAGAAAUGGGAGAAGAGCAAGAGCCGCUAACAGAUGAAGUGUCAAAAGCAAUUAUCAGCCUAUGGGCUGAUCCAGGCGUUAAGAAAGCAUUUGAAAUGAGAAGUGAAUAUCAACUUACAGAUUCUGCCAAAUAUUUCCUCGAUUCAUGUGCUAGAAUUAGUGAGCCGGGAUAUCGGCCAUCUGAACAAGAUAUUCUCUAUUCAAGAGUCGCAACUACAGGAGUCGUCGAAGUCAAGUUCAAGAUUAAAGAAUUAGACUUCAGAGUCUUUGAUGUAGGAGGUCAACGUUCAGAACGUAGAAAAUGGAUUCAUUGCUUCGAUAACGUUGAAUCUAUUAUUUUCAUAACAGCUAUUAGUGAAUAUGAUCAAGUUCUAUUUGAAGAUGAGACUACUAAUCGUAUGAUUGAAUCAAUGCAAUUAUUUAAUUCCAUAUGUAACAGCACAUGGUUCGUAUCAACGGCUAUGAUUCUCUUCUUGAAUAAGAAAGAUUUGUUUAUGGAAAAGAUUCAAAGGGUCAACAUAACGACAGCUUUUCCUGAUUAUGAAGGAGGGCAGAACUAUGAUGAAGCAGUGGCUUUCAUUAAAAUGAAAUUCGCGGAGUUGAAUUUGAACCCUGACAAAAAAACUAUUUAUAUGCAUGAAACAUGUGCAACAGAUACCAAUCAGGUCCAACUUGUCAUUUCAAGUGUUAUUGAUACGAUCAUCCAGAAGAAUUUACAGAAAGCAGGAAUGAUGUGA